UCCUCCUCCUCCUCUUCUCUAUAUCUGCCCCGGCUCUCCUCCCGGCUCUCCUCCUUCAGUCUCUCCGCGGUCAUGGCUUCUCCUCACCGGGUCAUCGUGUACGGGGGUCGCGGCGCUCUGGGCUCCCAGUGCGUCCAGCACUUCAAGUCCCGCGGCUGGUGGGUCGCCAGCAUCGACAUCGGGACCAACGAGGAGGCGAACGAGAACGUGCUGGUGAAGCUGAGCGAGUCUUUCCCGGAGCAGGCGGGACAGGUGACGACGGAUGUGGCUCAGCUGCUGGGGGAAAACAAAGUGGACGCCAUCUUGUGCGUGGCGGGCGGCUGGGCAGGGGGCAGCUGCAGUUCCAAAGACCUGUAUAAGAACUCGGACCUGAUGUGGAAGCAGAGCGUGUGGACGUCCACCAUCUCCAGCCACCUGGCGGCGCUGCACCUGAAGCCCGGCGGCCUGCUGACGCUCGCCGGGGCCAAGGCGGCCCAGUCGGGCACCGCAGGUAUGAUCGGAUACGGCAUGGCCAAAGCGGCCGUCCACCAGCUGUGCCAGAGUCUGGCUGCCAAGAACAGCGGGAUGCCUGCAGGGGCGGCUGCUGUGGCCAUACUGCCCGUUACCUUGGAUACGCCGAUGAACAGGAAGUUCAUGCCUGACGCGGAUUUCGGCUCGUGGACGCCGCUGGAGUACAUCGCUGAGAUGUUCUUCAGCUGGGCCUCGGGGGAGAACCGGCCGGCGUCGGGCAGCCUGAUGCAGCUGCUCACAUCUGGAGGAGAGACUCAGGCUGUGGCCGCUCAGUAGAGGACGGAGGGAUGGAGGGAGGUGGAGAGGAGGCAGCAGCAGCAGCAGACGGCCUGGUCUGGGCCUCAAACGCAGCCGUGUAGCGCCAUCUAGCUGCAGAUCAGAUGUAACUCGGUCAUUCAAGUGUCGUUCUGCUUCUUUUUGGUGCGGAGGGGUGGGAAUGUGCUUUCCUGAGUGUUGUUCUGCUGAAUAAUCCCAGUGAGUCCAGUAAUCCUCAUCCUGAAGGCCUGCUCAGAGGAAACCAGUGGAGUGGCCUUAUUCAGCCAGACGGGAGCUGAAGGACGGCAGCAGACCGACCACACGCCACGUCAGAAGGGUUUGCUGUCGGUUCAGAGUCCCUCCUCCAGGUUCAGUAGAGAUGAACCGGGUGUCUGGUCAGGCUCCGCUCCGCUCCUUCACCUCCUCUUCUGUUUUCUAGCUUUCAAAGUGUCCUUGGUGUCGCGGUGUGGAACUGUGCUUUCUCCCUCCCGUUGUUUUAUAUCUGGUGUUGUAACCGUGUCAAAUUCACAAUAAAGAGAGAAAUUGGAAGAAC